CCCCUCCAAAUCAUUGGAUUCAGGUUACAAUCACCUCCAUAGCAACAGGUGUGUAAAAUCAAGCACCUAGGCAUGCAGACUGCUUCUACAAACACUUGUGAAAGAAUGGGUCGCUCUCAGGAGAUCAGUGAACUGAAGUGUGGUACUAUGAUAGGUUGCCACCUGUGCAAUAAGUCCAUCCGUGAAAUUUCCUUGCUACUAAAUAUUCCAAGGUUAACUGUUAGUAGUAUUUUAACAAAGUUGAAGCAACUGGGAAUGAAAGAAACUCCAAAUGCAAUGCAAAGCAGUAAAUACAGUGGUGUAAAGCACGCCGCCACUGGACUCAGAGAAUCACAGUUCUCUGUCUGGUAAUCCGAUGGACGUGUCUGGGUUUGGUUGUUGCCAGGAGAACGGUACUUAGCUGACUGCACCGUGCCAAAUGUA